GCUUCCUUCCAUUUCGAAUUCUCCAAUUCCCCACUCGAGGGAAGUGAUCCAAGUUCUUACCGAUGGAGGCGGAGCCGCGGUGGUGGGCGGCGACGUACACGAAGCACGUGAAGCAGAAGCGCAAGGUCUACCACGACGGCGCCCUCCUCCUUUACCCCGCCUCCGGCCGCCUCGUCCUCCUCGACGACGCCGGCGACACCCUCGAGUCCAGGUUCCUCCGCGCCAGCGAGGAGGUCUCCGCGGGGGCCUCGCUCUCCUUCCAGGCCCACCUCGUCGACGUCGGCGAGCCCGAGGCAAUCCCCGACAGCUACCCCUCCUCCGCGUCCGCGUCCGCCUCCACCGCUGCUUCCGGAACCACAGCGCGCCGCGGCGCUGCCCCCAGGGCGCGUCCACCGAGCGCCGCGAAGGUGAACCCGCGCGUGCCCUGCGCGUUCGUGAACCCGCCGAAGAGGCGCUGGGGCGGCGCUGGCGCAGGUGAAGCCGCGGGCUCUGGCGGCUUGGAUGUGGCGGAGUCGAGGUUUCAAGAGUGGACGGCACUGUACACCGCCCAGCUGACUCAGAAGGCGAAGAGGUACCACGAUGGCGUUGUGAAGCUCGUGCAAGCCGGCCCGCAUGUGAAGCAGAUUGUUUUGCUGGAUGAAGAGGGCCAAGUACUUGGCAGCAGGCACCUCAAGUCGGGAGAAUCCAUUGAAAGUGGGAAGAAAUGCCAUUUCCCUAACUAUCUGAUUGAGAUCUGCGAGGCCAAAAAUGAGAAGAAAGGUGUUGAACAUACUUCGGAGGAACCUAUGGUGCGCACAAGACCAAAGAGUGAGGAGAAUACAAAUAACAAGAUGGGACCAAGUGCAAUGAGUAAAUCUCAGAAAUUUCUCAGGCCACAAAACUUUCAUGAUCUUGAGACUAAAUCAGAAGUCACUGCUAGUUCUGGCAAGCCAGAGACUGGCAAAGUUGAAGAGGUGGCUACUGGUAGCUCAGGGAGCCUUACGGGAACAGAGUCAGGUUUCAAAGAAUGGAAUGCCUUAUACACCAUGCAACUAACUCAAAAGGCAAAGAAGUACCAUGAUGGCGUUAUAAAGCUCAUGCAAGUUGGUUCACAUGCAAGGCAGAUUGUUUUGCUGGAUGAAGAGGGUGGAGUGCUUGGCAGCAGAUAUCUAAAAUCAGUUGAAUCUGUUGAAACCGGGACGAAAUGCCAGAUGCCUAACUAUCUUAUUGAAGUUUGUGAGCUCAGAAAUAAAAAGAACGAGGCUAAGCAGUCUUUGGGGGAGGCUUUGAAUCAGACAGGACCAAAAAAUGAAGAGAAUGCAAGUGACAAAAUGGGCGCAAAAAGUAAAUCUCCAAAGUUUGUUAGUCCAUUGAUUCAUUUGUCUUCACAAUCAGAUGUUUGGAAGAGUAACUGGGAAAACACUACAAUCUCUAAUAGGCCACAGAUUGGCAAAACAACCUGUAGUAACAUGGAUGGAGAUGGAGAUGGACCACUAAAUUUUGAUGUGCUUUCGGAUCUUCGAUGGGGUAAAUCAGAGAGCGAUGCCAAUAAAAGGGCAGACCAUGCCAAAUCAGCAUGUGGUAUCAUGGAUGAUCCACUUCAAUUUAAUGAUAUCCAGAGGGGUACAUCUACCAACUCUAUUUGGCCUGAGGUUGGCAAAUCAAAUUCUAGCAUUGUUGGUGAUCCACUUCAAUUUCAUGAUCUUCAUGAUGGUAAAUCAGGAUGUCCCACUAGUUUUAUACGUGAAGAGGUUGGCAAAUCAACUUUUGGUAACAUGGAUGAUUCUUUGCGGACUGCAUCCCAAAUACUGUCCAUCAUGAAGCCCCCAUCAGAAGUCAAAAUUUCCCAAAGUGCUCCAUCUGGACAAGUACGUGCAUUGAUAUCUUCGAAAUCAAGGAUAACUCUUGAUGUGAGUCGUAGAAACAACCCAGUGGUCGAUGAUUCAAACAGAACUUUUGAUGGUAGUGAAAACUCUGGAUUGUCUCACUUUGCUACCCAGCUUCGUACAUCAGUACAAUCUUGCUUGAACUUAGAAACUCUACAGCGAAAGACCUCAGUAAGGGCUCAUCACUGGAAUGAAUCGUCAGGGAACAGUCAUCCAUUUUAUUAUCAUCAAAACAUCAUGAGACCAGCAGCUUAUGAGGGUCAGGAUUUGGCCAUGGUAGAUAUCCUAGCAUCUGACACGUCCAAUGCAAAAGAGCAGAAACUAGAUUCAAGCAAUAAUGAUCCUGGCAGUUCUAACGAUAUUGUGCCAGUUACGAAUGUUUCUAUAGACCCAGUCUUUCAAGUAGACAAAAAUGGAACAUCAGACCAGCUAAGCACACAGAACAACAUAGCGAAUGGGAAAUGUGAUGGCCCCUCAUCUUUUUGCGCAUACACCCUGACAUGUAAAGAUCCCAAGGUUCAGGAAUUAAUAGACGAUUGCCCUUCGUUUGACCUUGGCUUCUAAGUGGAAGGUACACAACUUUGACUGUUUGCUACAAUCAAUACCACUAGGUAGCAAUAGUCUGUGCUGUUGUGGCCCCCUUUCAUCACGUGACGGUGACAAGGAUUCAUUCAUGUCCUUGUCGUGGACUAGCAACUGCUAAGCCAAGCUACCGAUCAGUAUCCGUAUGUCUGAGACUCCGAAUAGGAAGCAACUAAGCAUGUACCCCACGCAAGACAAUGAUCACUUUGUCCACUACUUGUGGAAAGUUUCAGAGAAUAAUAUAUCUACGUUCGGAAGUGGUAUAUUACUGUGGUUUGAC